AUGGCACGUAAACAAAACCAAGUGAUUGUUGAAUUCAUUAAACUCUAUCGAUCUGAACCUUGCCUGUGGCAAGUUAAAAGUGAAGAAUGUCAUGACCGCACAAAGAAAGAUGCUGCCUAUAGCAAAUUAGUAGAGAAGUUGGAGGAACUUGAGUUUGGUGCCACCAAGAAGUCUGUCAUAACGAAAAUUAAAUGUUUGAGAUGUGCUUAUCGCAAGGAGAAAAAGAAGGUUGAGGCAUCACAGAAGUCUGAAGCAUCUACACACAGCAUCUACAAGCCAGUACUUUGGUAUUACGACCUGCUUGAAUUCCUGCAAGAUAAAGAUACUCCAAGGACGUCACGUUCAAAUGUGGACGAUGAAAACGAAGAGAAGAAGAAAUGAAUUCUGAUACUGAAGACUCUACAAUGUCUAUAUCAACAAUUGCGGAUGUUCAAGAAGUGUCACAAACACAGCCAAAACAACCAAUAACCUCAAGGCCUGGUUCUAAUAAAAGAAAUAAGAUAAAUGAUGACCUGGCAUCAGAAGUGUUGACUACAAUGCGUGACCACUUCAAAAGACCUAAAGAACAACCUGACCGAUAUGAUUUCAUAGGAAGCACUACUGCUCUGAGGUUAAAAGCUCUGGACAAACCUCGUUGCAAAAAAAGAAAAUAAAAAUCAGUGACAUAGGUUUGAGGCUGAAAUGGGUUAUCUAAGCACAUCGUCAAUGUAUCAUUAUGCUUCAUCAACAAGCCAGAGUCCUAUUACUACACCAUGUCCCGCACCUUCACCGUCUCCAACAUAUGAGCAAGGUUCAUUUACAGACACUUAUGACAGAAGCGAAAACUCAUUGUUUUCUCAGGCAAACACAGCAUCCUAUUAUUUUACUCAUUUUGAUCCUAAUGUAUAUAGGAGUUAGGUAACAGAAAUUAAAAAUAGCUGAGAUUAAAUGUCACAUCAUCCUCUUAUUUUACUCACUUUGAUCCUGAUGUGUAAAUGAGUUAGCUAACAAAAAAUCUAAUUAGCUGAAAUUAAAUAUUACAUUAAAGUGUAUUUCUUUCAAAAUCUAUGUAAAACCGUUCUGGAAAUAGAUGCAGUUUGUCCAUAAAAUAUGAUUAUGUUCUCAUUUUUCAUAAUAAAUACAUUUA